AUGAGGGCAUGCAACAUCGCUUUUUUCCGUACUAACGCGGCAUCCUUUCGCGGUCUGGCUGUUCGAAACCUCUCCGUGGUUUCACAGCCUUUUCUUCGUGCUUCCCCGGUUUUGAGCAUGGCGAAACAAUACAAGGGCAGCACGAGUGAAGAAGUGCGCCUUAAGGCUCAGAGCGAAAUGCAAGAUUACUGGGAAAGGAACAUUAAACUCAAGCGUCCGUGGUCUCCUCACCUAACAAUCUACUCACCGCCUCUUUGCAUGCAGAAUUCCUUCCUUCACCGCGCUACUGGCAUUGCUAUGGCUAUUGUCUGGAUGGGUGCUGGAGUUUCUGGCUUCUGGUACACGGGACACUUUGAUGCCAUGCUGGAUUAUGUCAACGGCUUCAGCAUUGGACCUUCGCUUAUAUUUGGAGCUAAGUGCCUCCUUGCUUACCCAUUAGUCUAUCACUAUACUAACGGAAUGAGGCAUCUGGCUUGGGAUUACGCUAUCGGCUUUGACAUGAAAACGGUCAACUUGACUGGCUCCACUGUCCUCAUCUUAUCCGUUCUUCUUACUCUUGCACUGGCUUCCAUCAGGCCCUAG